AUGCGGAGCGAGGUGAGCGGUGAAAUGCCCGAAGAUUUGGCCGAAGGUCUGUCUGUAGAAAAACAGCAAGAACAACAGCUGAUGAACAAACUGGCCGCACAGGGACGCCUGCCCGCUCGACCCGCGUCCUCGUUUUUGCAGAAGAAACUGCAGCAGAGGAAGUUCUUUGACUCCGGUGAUUAUGCCAUGGAUAAGGAUCGCAGCAAACAAGCGCUACCGGGUCGCCUACCACAUCCGAUGGCGGCUCCUGUAGCUGCCGCAAUACCGGUGCCAAAAUCGCCUACAGGAGGUGCGCCUGAACCGGGUUCUCCUGAAUCGGAGACUAAUCUGCAGGUGAUUCCCCGCCCGGAUACCGUACCCCAGAGAAAAGCUUCUAUCAUCAAUCCAUCAGUGCAUUGCAAACUAAGUCCAAUGCCACAUGUACAGGUUUGUUCAUAGAC